AUGAAGGGAGAAUUGAACAUAAAAGCUAUUCAUGCACCUUGUCACACCAAGGGACACAUUUUAUAUUAUGUAUAUAAAACUGAUGAAGCAAAACAAGAAGAUCAUGAAUACAAACCAAUAUUAUUUACUGGGGAUACAUUAUUUAUAGCUGGUUGUGGAAGAUUUUUUGAAGGAAGUGCAAGGGAUAUGUUUAGAAAUAUUGAAAAAGUAAAAAAUAUGAGAAAAGAAACAUUAAUAUAUUGCGGACAUGAGUAUACUCUUAAUAAUUUAAGAUUCGCAUUGAGCAUCGAAAAUGACAAUGAAUAUAUGAAAAAUAAACUGAAUGAAGUUACAGAAAAACUUAAAAAUAAAGAACAUUCUGUACCUUCAACAAUUGAAGACGAAAAUUUAAUCAAUCCAUUUUUUAGAACGCAUUGUUAUAUUGAUAAGUUUAAUAUGAAUGAUGAAAUAAAAAUAUUAGAUAAAUUAAGACAAUUAAAAAAUAAUUUUUAA